AAACAAUUAUGAACCUUACAAUCUCUUUUCCAUCAAUACCUUACAACACAAUCCAUCCAUGCAACUUCAUCACUAGCAACACCCUCCAAAAAAAAAAAUCAACAAAAACUAAAACUUUACAAUAACCAUGGUUGCAAUGGCAGCAGCAACAGCAUCAUCACAAUUAAUAUUCUCAAAACCAUGUUCACCUUCACGUCUUUGUCCUUUUCAACUGUGUGUUUUUGACACAAAAUCAGUGUUAUCAUCAAGUUCAAGGAGAAAGCAUGUGAGUGGUGGCUCUGGUGUUAGAUGUAUGGCUGUGGGUGAAGUAACACCUGAAACAAAGAAAAAAAGUGGUUAUGAGCUUAUAACAUUGACUAGUUGGUUGUUGAAGCAAGAACAAACAGGGAUUAUUGAUGCAGAAUUAACAAUUGUUCUUUCUAGUAUUUCCUUGGCAUGUAAACAGAUUGCUUCUUUGGUUCAAAGAGCUAAUAUUUCUAAUCUUACUGGUGUUCAAGGUGCUGUAAAUAUUCAAGGAGAAGACCAGAAAAAACUUGAUGUUGUCUCGAAUGAGGUUUUUUCAAAUUGCUUGAGGUCAAGUGGGAGGACAGGUAUAAUAGCAUCAGAGGAAGAGGAUGUACCAGUGGCAGUAGAAGAGAGUUAUUCAGGAAACUACAUUGUGGUAUUUGAUCCACUUGAUGGUUCAUCAAAUAUUGAUGCUGCAGUUUCAACUGGUUCCAUUUUUGGCAUUUACAGCCCCAAUGAUGAGUGUCUAGCUGACACUAGUGACUCUGAUGACCCCACACUUGACACAGAAGAACAAAGGUGCAUUGUGAAUGUGUGCCAACCAGGAAGCAACCUACUAGCAGCUGGUUACUGCAUGUAUUCUAGCUCAGUAAUCUUUGUUCUAACAAUUGGCAAAGGAGUUUUUGUAUUCACAUUGGAUCCAAUGUAUGGAGAAUUUGUUUUGACUCAGGAAAAUCUUCAAAUACCAAAAUCAGGGCAAAUUUAUUCUUUCAAUGAAGGGAAUUAUGGGUUGUGGGAUGACAAAUUAAAGAAAUACAUUGAUUCUCUUAAGGAACCAGGUGCAAAUGGCAAACCUUAUUCUGCAAGGUAUAUUGGUAGUUUGGUAGGUGAUUUCCAUAGGACACUGCUUUAUGGUGGCAUUUAUGGGUACCCUAGGGACAAGAAAAGUAAGAAUGGGAAGCUUAGGCUUUUAUAUGAGUGUGCUCCAAUGAGUUUCAUUGUAGAACAGGCUGGUGGAAAAGGUUCAGAUGGUCAUCAGAGAGUACUUGACAUUCAACCCACAGAAAUUCAUCAGCGUGUUCCACUUUACAUUGGGAGCACAGAGGAGGUGGAGAAGGUUGAAAAGUACUUGGCUUAAAUGAUAUGUUAAUGCAGAGAAAGUUGUUCUGUUUAUGAAGUUUAAGCUCAAUGAAUUCUUUUGGUUUUAUUCCCCAUUUUCAGAUUAUUUUGGAUAGACAUUAUAUAUAUAAAAUUUUGAAGUAAUCCUGUUUUAAUAGCACAA